AUGGAGAGAAGUGGUGUUUGUGAAGAAACAUUUUUGCAAAAAAUCAAGUACAUCAUGGAUUUCAAUAAUGGAAAAAGAGUGAUGUGGAAUUGUGAACACUUUGAAAAAGUGAAAACGAUUUUGAGCAGAACGGAAGCGAAAGCAGAUAUGUCUCACUUCUACUACUUCAAGAAAUAUGAAUUGUUGCAAAUUGGGUCUGUGAGUAGUAUUGUCUUGAAGCGGAGUAGCGAGAGUGACGAUUUAGUCUAUAUGGUUCCAGUAGAAGGAUAUUUCGAGAAAUUGUUAGAAGCUCACAAUCAAACUGGCCAUGGAGGUCGAGAUAAUAUGCUGUACUACAUGAAACAAAAAUUGCGCAUCCCCAGGAGUGCAAGUGAGAUAUUUAUUAGUUGUUGUGAGACAUGCAAUCGAGAAAAGUCAACGGUAAGAAAGGGCGUAGUUGUCAAGCCAAUUCUUUCCCGGGGGUUCAACGCUCGCGGUCAGGUCGACUUGAUUGAUUUCCAGUCAUGCCCCGAUGGAGAAUAUAAGUGGCUUAUGAACUACCAGGACCACGCUACAAAAUUUACACAUCUACGUCCUUUACAAUCCAAACACGCGGCUAAUGUAGCAGAAGAAUUAUCAAAAAUUUUCUUCACGUUUGGAGCUCCAGCUAUCUUACAGAGCGAUAAUGGCCGAGAAUUCGCUGCAAAUGUUGUCAGAGAACUUGUUUCUCCUUGGCCGAGCUGCAAGAUGGUUCACGGUCGUCCCAGACAUCCACAAACACAAGGAAGUGUGGAACGAGCCAACGCUGAUGUAGAAAAUAUAUUGCGAGCGUGGAUGAUUGAUAAUAAAUCGAAUGAAUGGGCAAGAGGCUGUUACGAAGUGCAGGUAAAAUAUUCUUACUUUAUUAUUAUUAAUUAUUACGAAAAAUGUUCUCACUUUUUAGUGGCUGAAACCACUUCGAAACACCGGGUAAUUAACAGGACGCCUUAUGAAGCUAUGUUCGGACCUAUAAAAAAUGGCGUGGCGACUUUUAAUUUGCCCCGCGACGUUAUCGCCAAUUUAAAUACGGCAGAAGACUUGGAAAACGCUCUCCGAUUGCUCAGCGAUUUGGAUCAACAACAACAACACCAAGAUAAUCCAGCGGUACUGAGUACACAGGAAAAAACCCAGGAGCAUACUUGUAUUGCUUGUGAAUCUGGUGUAUCACUUGAAGACGCAGUGACAUGUCAGGAAUGUGAUCUGGAAACGCACAUUAAUUGUGGGACCUUGGCUGAUCAAGAUACAUUUUUUGCUCGUUAUGCUCAAGAAAAAAACAUAUCCAUGAUGUACAGGAACAUUGCCAUAGGAGGCAGAAAUUGGCAGCAAAUAAAAUGGUGA